AUGAUAACGGAAGCCACGAUGGCACCGUUCACAGGUAUAAGGCAUUCUGGCGUUAUGGCAAUUAAUAUGGUUUUUCAAGCUACGAUGGUUAGCGUAGCUUUUGCCGCAUUCCUGACAAACAUGAACCUUCUUGAUCGGCUCUGCCGCUUGCCUCCUCGCAGCGAAGUCGAAGGGGGUGGGGUUCGCCCCCCAACAUCCUCCUUGGAGGAUAGUUACAUCAACAAAAUUGUGGCAAAACCUCAAGAGGGUGUUACAACAUAG